AUGCAUGGUGCGUCAGGAAAAUGUUUAAUCAACGCCGCAACAUUUGUCCUUUCCGUACUCUACUGUACGGUUGGGCUGAUUGUGACACCAUUAGGAGCAUGGUCAACAGUAGCUGGUGCAUGGCCCUUUGGAGUGACACUAUGCGACAUAUGGAUUUCUGUAGAUGUGAUCGUCUGUACAGCGUCUAUACUUCAUUUGGUCGCUAUCGCACUCGAUAGGUGA